CGAAACAGGAGACACCGAGGGCGGUCAUCCAAUCCAGAUCCAUCCUAUCAUCAUGCCCUCGACGGCGUCGAAGAUGUUGCAGGCUUGCCGUCAGGCAUCUCGCGCUGCCCGCUCAGCUGCGUCGGCCGCAUCUCGCUGUGCCGCGCUAGUCGCCCGCGCAGAUUCAGGCGGUGCGGCUGCGGCUGCCUCAGAUCCGUUCUCCCGGAGCCACCCCUUGGGCAGCGGUCGUUUCCCCAUCGCCGCACAGCGACAGCCCCCCUGGAGCCCUGGCACUGGCAGUGGAUCCACAAUCGCCGCACCACCAACCAAUACCAAAAUCCACCGUCCAGCUCCAGCACCAGGUAAGGUGAAAUUUGUGGCACAAGAGAGAGACCUUGAGUCAAAUGAAGCCUUGUGGGCCUUGUAUGAGCGCUGGUGCAAGGCUUUCAACCAGGAGCGUGACCAUGAUGAGAUGGCUCGUCGGUUCAACACCUUCAAGGAGACUGUGCUCAAGGUGGACGAAACGGACAAAGCUCAUCUGCCAUACAAACUUGAAAUUAACCAAUUUGCUGAUGGGAAGCUAGAAGAACUCCGGAGCCAUAAACUUCCUUUUACAGAGUUUUAUAGGAGGUCUGGUGAUAUCUUGUUCAACAAAGACCUUGAGGGACAUUAACUGGAAAACCCAAAUCAAUCUGCGUCAUCUCUGCUGGAGCAACCUGAACCUCUAGUAAGCUAUGCUUAUUUGUAGCACGUCGUGAUUUGGAACCAAACUCAUUCAUAUGGAAGGUUUAUAUGCUUGUUUAA